CAAUGUAGCGUCGUAAGAUGUGCGCAUGCGCAGUAUUUCAUGUUGCGAGACAGUUUCGACAGCUGUCGUCAUCGGAAGAAAACAGAUAUUCAGAUAUGUUUCCAAUUUGGGACAGACUAAGAUACACAACCUAUGAGGGAAUACUGCGAUCACAUAUGGAUGGUAAUCGAAUAAGUUUGGGCGAUGGCGCAAUCAAUAAUACUAAAAUCGCUUUGUCACGUGUUUAGAUCUGACCAAUUGGAGUGAGCCAAGUCCAACGGAGAAAGUAUGUUCUUUGUUCGAAUAUUUUGCCAACUUUUUAAGUAUGGGCCCAGUGUCUAGAAUCAAUCUGACGACAUGGACAUGGAUGUGCUGUUUUCGAGAGAAAGGACGAGCUGUGGAUACAUUUUAUUGCAGUCUUUGAGGAAUGCCACGUGUUCUGAUGUGAUGAACAGUAUGUUCAGGCUUGUGUCAUCACAUGACUCCCCUCCCCCACCCCGCGAAGGGAAUGGGGGAAGAAGGCGGACAUGUUUAAGGGAAAUGUGUUGGUUAAAAAGUGUCGAGGUGGAAGACAAGAAGCUUUUGGGAAGAAAGGUUUCGCAUUAUUUUGGAAUUUACAAGUGGAGAGUUUUUUAUUUUAAUUUCUAUUAUUAUACGUAGAAAAUGUUUUUGUUUUGGGUAAUUUAAUUUUCCUUUUAAUUUCAUAUAUGAUUAACUAAAUUUAACAGCUUCAAUCUGUCAAAACUGUAGUGAUAUUUAAUAUCGCAUGGAUUCAUAAGAUAACUUUCCAUCGUUUAUUGGGUGACAUUGUAGAGAAUUUGUAACCUUGGUGUGGGGGAUGGGCGCCAGUGGUUAGGUAACCAUGUUGUGUGGUCGUUGAAUUAGUCGCUCUCAGAUCAAAACGUUUUAGUUUUGCUAAAUAUGUAGCAUAUUCUGUAAGUUAUUGUAUAUUUUAAGAAUGGGUAAAGCUUAUGUAAUAGUUUAGUAUUAGGAAUUUUUAGGUAACGAAAUAUAACAUUUUAACCGCCUCUAUCUGUGCUCUACAAUGCAGUUAAAUCAAGUUUGAUAUGGUCAACGUGAAUGGAGGCCGAGGUCAGAGGGAAACUGCUGUGUCAUUCAGUGGUUGUAGGUGCUUGUGUGACCCAGAGAGAGUGUGUGUAUGUGUGUAUAUAUAUAUAUAUAUAUAUAUAUAUAUAUAUAUAUAUAUAUAUAUAUAUAAUCUUUAAUCCUAAAAGUUAGCCUCACAGUCAGAUGUUUGGCUUAAACCGUUUCUAUUUAAGAUUUUAGAUUGCCAUUAAGGCCUUUCUUUUUUCAUUUUUUGGGGGGGUCUUCUUAAGGCGUCAUCUUUGUCUGCGGCAGAUAAUUUCGUUAAUAUGUUUGUGUUAAUCAACUGAAAGUUCCGUGUUAGUGUAUUUUUCCUAUCAUUUAGGUUUUCCGUCUUUGAAAAAUCGAUUGCAAUAGUCUUUAUUUCAGUGCUCAAAGAUGGCGGCUGUGCGCUCUUUCUAGAAGAAAGAAAUGCGGAUAUUCUGUAAGUGGAGCUCGUGAGGGAGAGGCUCUCUGAGGGAGAGGGUGCGCGUGACCGAGUUGAAGGACCAAUAGGAUACUUGGUAUUUAGACUGAAAGCCCGCGUUCCAGCUCUUCUAACCAAUCCCUUUCGUCUCCUUGCACACGUUGACGUAAUGUAAUAUGAUAAAGAGCAGGGCGGCUCUCUUGCGUUCGUUUUUUGUGAAGCAUAAUAUGCGGGAGCCAGUUACAGGCACAACAUCUGUAUUGGUACAUUGGAAGGACCAAUUGUGUUGUGCAAUAUCCGUGACUGGUGUAAAAAUUAUGCGUAUAGGUUGGCCUUAAAGAUUGUUUGUGGAGCUUGAGCAUCAUAUAGGCGUGGUUACUGUGAUAGACAUCGUAAACAGCGAAUGAAAUUUUGAUGGGCGGAGCCAUAUCAAAGUAGUCUAUCCAAUAAGGUGGAUCGUUGGUCUAUAAAAAACCGGGUGUAGUCUCUCAGUCGCCAUUUCAACCUAGUAAUAAGAGGGAACUUCGCUGUGGCGGGGAGCGGAGCAGACAGACGCCCGGAGACGGAUCCUGGUUUUGAAUCUUUCUAAAAACAGAAUCCGGAUCCAUCCUGAUGGAUAUGGCUGUUAACCCUCCGCUUGACAGCUCUCAUUCUGGGAUUGAGAUCGGCUUUAUGGGAGUCAUGAUGGACCACACAUCUGGCACAGCUGGAAAGCGCAUCCGAAAACCCUCCCUGCUCUAUGAGGACUUUGAGAGUCCUGGGAUGCCCCCCCUCAGUCAGAUGAUCCAUUUGGGACCCCCACUGCCCCCAGUGAAAGACCCCAGCCGACAAGGGAGGAUGACCAACCAACUUCAGUUCCUACAAAAAAUUGUGCUCAAAGCUCUGUGGAGGCACCACUUUGCCUGGCCUUUCCACGAACCCGUGGAUGCUGCCAAACUAAACCUGCCUGACUAUCAUAAGAUCAUAAAAACUCCCAUGGACAUGGGCAGCAUUAAGAAGAGAUUAGAAAAUAACUACUACCGCAGUGCGAGCGAGUGCAUGCAGGACUUCAACACCAUGUUCACCAACUGCUACAUUUAUAACAAGCCAACAGACGACAUCGUCCUGAUGGCUCAGUCUCUGGAGAAGGCGUUCCUACAGAAAGUGGCUCAGAUGCCCCAGGAGGAGGUGGAACUGGCUCCUCCCCCUCCACGGAGCAAACCAGUAAAAUCUGGCAGAAAAGGCAGAAAUAAUGCAGUCUUGGGAGGAGUGACAACGGCUCAUCAAGUUCCAGCCGUCUCCCAGUCGGUGUACUCUCCUCCCACCCCAGAAACACCCGACUCCAUUCUCUCCACCCCCCCACAGACAAUUUUGACCAAGAGCAUUACCCCCACGCUUCCCACUGAACAGAGCAUCCCUACCAUUACAAGCCUGCCCCACACACAGCCCACUGCUAAGAAAAAAGGCGUGAAGCGGAAAGCAGACACCACCACCCCAACCACAGUAGCUAUGCCCAUUAUGAGCACCAUGGGUGUCAGUGGCAUAGGUCUGGGGAUGGGAGGUGGGCAUGACUCCCCCCUCACUCUCACCUCUCUGGGUAUGGACCACAGCAACAGUCUGGGAAUGAACCAAGCCCUCAGCCUCAGCCAGGGCAUGGGGAUGGCCAUGGGUAUGGGAAGCGGAGCGAUGAUUAUGGGUACCAAAGCAUCAGCAGCGAGCCGGAGAGUUGUGAGUGGACGACCCAUCAAACCUCCCAAGAAGGACUUGCCAGAUUCCAUUCUGCCGACGCCGGUGCGACGCAGCAAGCUGAGUCCUCAGCUGCGCUACUGCAGCGGGGUCCUGAAGGAGCUGCUGUCAAAGAAGCAUGCAGCGUACGCCUGGCCGUUUUACAAGCCUGUUGACGCGACGUCGCUCGGCCUCCAUGACUACCAUGACAUCAUCAAACAGCCUAUGGACCUCAGCACCAUCAAGAGGAAGAUGGACAGCAGAGAGUACCGCGACUCUCAGCAGUUCUCUGCUGAUGUCAGACUGAUGUUCUCCAACUGCUACAAGUACAACCCCCCUGAUCAUGAUGUGGUUUCCAUGGCCAGAAAACUCCAGGAUGUGUUUGAGUUCUGCUUUGCUAAGAUGCCAGAUGAGCCUCCUGCACCACCAAGCUCCUCAUCGUCGUCCUCCUCCUCUUCAUCCUCAUCUGAGAGCGAGCUCAGCAGUGACACUGAGGAGAGCGAGAGCAGCCCGAGCUCCGACUCUGAGGAGGAGAGGGCGAACCGACUGGCAGAGCUGCAGGAACAGCUAAAAGCAGUACACGAGCAGCUUACUGCUCUGUCCCAGGGCCCCAUAGUCAAACCCAAGAGAAAGAAGGAGAGAAAAGACAAGAAAAAGAAGAAAAAGGUGGAAAAAGAGAAACAUCGGAGGAUAGAUGAUGACCUGCCUUCAAUUAAACCACCUAAAGCCCCCAAAAUCACCAAGACUCCCAAAGCCAAGCCCAAUAAAGCAAUUGCAUGUCCUGUCAUGCCGAUUAAAAAGACCCAGAGCAAGAAAAACAACAAGAGCAAAUCCAAAAAGACCAGCAUGAUGUUUAACAUGCCCCAGACCAUGCACGAUCCCAUCGUGAGUCACUUUGACUCUGAUGAGGAGGAGGACACCGCGCCCAUGUCGUAUGACGAGAAGCGUCAGCUCAGCCUGGACAUCAACAAGCUGCCAGGUGAAAAGCUGGGCCGUGUCGUUUACAUCAUCCAGUCCCGAGAGCCGUCGCUGCGAGACACCAACCCCGAGGAGAUCGAGAUCGACUUCGAGACGCUGAAGCCGUCGACGCUCCGGGAGCUGGAGAGAUACGUCAUGACGUGUCUGAGGAAGAAACCCCGUAAGCCAUAUGCGAGUAAAAAGGACAUUGCUGGCAAAUCACGAGAAGAGCUCGCUCUGGAAAAACAGAUGGAGCUGGAGAGACGGCUGAUGGACGUCAGCGGUCAGCUCAACUCUGGGAAGAAGCCUCCAAAGACCAAACCCGAGAAACCGGCGUCGGAGACCCACACCCAGCCGUCACGUCUCAGUGCCAGCAGCUCCUCCUCAGACUCGUCUUCAUCCUCCUCUUCAUCAUCAUCCUCAGACACAAGUGAAUCAGACUCUGGUUGAGAGACGGAUUGUUCCAUAUAAAAAGGGUCAUGUGACCCAGGGUUUUCCUUCUGCCCUUUAAGUGGACUGAACUGUUGCAGAGCUACUGAUGAUGGAGCUGCAGGGUCAGAAGAGACCAGCAGAACUGGUCAGACUUGUCUUGGCAAAGCCGGAUAGAGAGAGAUGGGGCUCUCCCUGAGCUCAGCUCGUUCAUCCCGUCCUGGACAAAGCAGAGGACGGAUGCGAGGGGAGGCGGGUGAUGGGAUCAUCUAGCCAUUCUCGGGCGGAGCGAGGGAAUCUCCAUCUCCUGCAAAUAAAGAUGGAAGCAUACGUUGGAGGGAUAAGGGUGCUACUGCCAGAAUAUGUCUAAUUUCUGGAGAUUUUUUUUCCCUUCUUGCCAUGCUCCCUGUCUUUAUGCUGUAUAUAUGAGGUGUACAGUUAUAUAAAUAUCUUUCUUUUAUAAAGAAGCAUUUUAUGGAGCUAAUUUAUUCCUCAUUGUGGGGAAGAUUGACCUGGCGUGGGCUGAGUUGUGUGUUUUUUAGUUUUUUUUUUUUGGCGUGAUAAAGAGGAGAAAUGAGCGGAUGUGUGUUUGUAUGAAUGUGUCAUGUAUUUGUUUGCAUGUGUGAGAUCUGGCACCACAAGUGCAUCCUUGUGAAGUUCCUCAUAGUUUUGACGCAGGCUCUGAAAAUGGCUGCACGCAGAAGCACCUUGGUUCAGUAGAAAACAGAAUGCAUGCAAUACAGAGGAGCCGGCGACUUCACCGCAUCCUCCGUGUACAGAAACGUGUCAUAGCUUCAGUUUCUACCUAGAUUUUUCUGUUCCCCUGUUGGCUGUUUUUUGUUUUCCAUCUAUUAAACAUUUUCUAUAAACAUGUUGCUUUUUUUAUUCUUUGUGACCAAUCUGCUAAUAAAUUGUGAGGACGUGUCUUGUCCAUUCACCUGUGCCCAAAUAACAUCUCAGUUGUUUUGAUUUCUUCAGUCAUUAAACUACAAGUUUAACAGAAAAAACAAGAUUCUUUCAUCAGGAUUUGAGUUUUGUGGCGUCACUAAAUCUAAAGAAUGAGGCCUUUAAGCUCUUUGGCAGCUGGAAGUUUAGUUUUGUGUUUUAUUUGUGUGUUUAUUUGUGUGAUUAUCAGCAGUAGUAAUGGUGGGUUGGGAAGAGACGUUUCUCUUGUUAUUGGCAGGUCAACAGUUUGUUCACGCUGAUGAAAACAUGGAAGUGGCUUAUUAAAUUUUGGCAUUCAGUAGACGAUAGAUGGUUUAAUGUUCUAAUGAUGCACUGUUUUGGUGGUACUACUAAACUUCAUUUUAAGUGUGUUCUUUUCGUUUUGAGAAAUCAGCUGUGGCUUGAGCUCUGAGUUUGUCUACGAGUUAUUUAUUUAGGAGGAUUUUAAAGGAGAUGCUUGUUUCGUGGUAUUAAAAGCAAAAGGUUUUUAGUCAGUUUGAAAUAUGCACAGAUUAACUGUCAAGAUUGUAGAAGUGUACAUAUUUUACAGUCUUAUUUGAGCAUUUUGUUUUCCACUAGGAGCGUAGAUUUCCUUUGAUUCCUUUGCUUGCUGGUUUUAGGAAUCAGUACUCCAGAUGUCCAUCUUUCUCCUCUGAAGUUUGUCAGAAAUCAAAAUGCCUCUGUACUCCUUUCAUCUGAACAUCUGUACAUAAAUAAAGUGAGAUAUGUUCAUCUUU